CUAGAUAGAUAUAUGUGUUGACAUGGGAAAAGUCUGUCCUCCUAUUUGGUUCAAACUAAGCUGCGGCGAAAAAAAGGAGCGAUCGCAUCUACACGGAGAAGGAAUAGUCACCUCUCUCACGUGCCCUGAACGACCGGAGCACGCAAUGAAGAACGCUGGUUUCAUCUUUAAGGCUGAAGAAGCUCAACUCAAGGAGCACGCAAGUUUCAUCUAACAUGGCUUCAGUGAUACUCGGAAUCCUUCUAAUACUUGUUCCACUUCCACUUUUCGCCGAAGCUCAGACCUCCGGCAACUUGACCUUGGGCAUCUCGUUAACAGCAAAUGACAGGAACUCUUCCUGGCUUUUGCAGUCGGGUGAGUUCGCCUUUGGGUUCCGGAGAAUGGGAAGAGGAGCUCAUUUGUUGGCCAUAUGGUUCGAGAAAAUAGAGGACAGAACCAUAGUCUGGUCGGCGAAUGACGGUAAUCUAGCACCCGAAGGUUCGACAGUCCAGUUGACCGCCGACAACGGACUGGUGCUUGCCGAUGCAAAAGGAAGAGAGCUGUGGUCUUCUAGCCUGACCGGCACCGGCGUAGCAUAUGCGGCCAUGCUCAACACGGGGAACUUCAUCCUAGCGAGCACGAACCACGUCAACUUGUGGGAUACGUUCAGCCAACCGACCGAUACCAUACUGCCAACGCAACAGUUAGGUCAAGGGAGUAUAGUUAACGCUCGCUAUUCCGAAAUGAAUUACUCCGCCGGGAGAUUCCACUUGACACUGCAAACCGACGGAAAUCUCGUGCUCUAUGCCACUCCUACCCCGUUGAACCCCUCAGAUGCUUACUGGGCCACCGGCACCACCACCACCCCAGGUAUUGGCUUCCGGUUGAUAUUCAAUCAAAGUGGUCAGGUCUACCUCACGAAUAAGACUGGAACAAUACUCAGUAUUGUCACCCCAGACACAGUUCCAACCAGCGAAUUUUACCAAAGAGCGAUCCUUGAAUACGAUGGGGUCUUCAGGCAAUAUGUCCACCCUAAGAUGGCAAAUUCGAGUUCUCGCUGGGCAAUGGGCUGGUCGAUGGUCUCUUCCCCGGUCCCUCCAAAUAUAUGCACGAGCAUCAGGCAAGAUAUCGGUAGUGGAGCUUGUGGCUUCAACAGCUACUGUACUCUUGGAGACGAUCAGAGGCCCCGAUGCCAGUGCCCACCUGGAUAUACUCUGUUGGAUUCUACGAACGAGAUGAACGGAUGCAGACAGGAUUUCGUAUCACAGAGUUGUGACGGAAGUAGGCCUGAAAAUGACCAGUUCGCUUUGCGUGAAAUGCUCAAUACAAACUGGCCACUGUCUGAUUACGAGCAUAGUGCGGCACAAACGGAGGACUGGUGCAGAGAGGCUUGCUUGGCUGAUUGUUUUUGCGCAGUCGCCAUUUUCAGCAACGGAGUUUGCUGGAAAAAGAAGAUCCCUCUUUCAAAUGGAUGGAUGGAUCCUGGGGAGGUUGGAAAAGCUUUGGUCAAGGUCAGGAUACAUAACACGACUUCAAAAUGUACAGCAAAUGGCCAGAAGAAAAACAAGAAUACGACUUUGAUGAUCAUCGGAUCAGUGCUGUUGAGUAGCUCUGUCUUUGUGAACUUGCUUUUACUCCUCAUUACCUAUUUAAUUUAUAGAAGCUUCCGAUCUAGGGACUCUAAGUUGUCACGACCAGUCCAGAUCAACCAAGCCACAGGCACACAGACUUUCACUUAUCAGGAGCUUCAACAAGCAACAGUUGGAUUCAAAGAAGAACUGGGUAGGGGUGCUUUUGGAACAGUGUACAAAGGUGUUCUCGGAUCCAAGGAAACAAACUUUGUGGCGGUAAAAGUGUUGGAGACAAGGACCGGAGAAAGCGAAAAGGAGUUCGAAAGAGAAGUCAGUGCAAUUGCCCAAACAAACCACAAGAACUUAGUGCAGUUGCUUGGAUUCUGCAAUGAAGGUCAACACCGACUACUGGUGUAUGAAUUCAUGAGCAACGGCAGUUUGGCAGAUUUUCUAUUUGGCGCUUCAAGGCCCAGUUGGUACAAAAGAGUGGAAAUUGCCUGUGGUGUUGCGCAGGGGCUCUCUUACUUGCAUGAUGAUUGCACCAGGCAUAUAAUCCAUUGUGACAUCAAGCCGCAAAAUAUUCUUCUUGAUGGUUCUCUCUCUGCAAAAAUAUCAGACUUCGGAUUAGCUAAGCUCUUGAUGGUGAACCAAACACGAACCACCACUGGAAUCAGAGGAACGAGAGGUUAUUUAGCGCUAGAAUGGUUUAGGAAUAUGCCUAUUUCUAGCAAAGUAGACGUUUACAGCUUUGGCAUUUUGUUGGUAGAGCUCAUCUGCUGCAGAAAGAACUAUGAGCCGGAAGCGGAAAUUGAAGCUCAAAUUGUGCUGGUUGACUGGGUGUAUGACUGCUACCAUGAGGGGACCGUGCAUGAGAUAGUGGAGAGCGACGAGGAGGCAUCAAGUGACAUAAAGAGGGUGAGAAGAUUUGUGAUGACAGCACUGUGGUGCAUCCAGGAAGACCCGGCUUUGAGGCCAACCAUGAAAAAAAUCACUCAGAUGUUGGAAGGGGCUGUUGAAGUCUCAGUCCCUCCAGGCUCUUUUAUCAGUUCAAUAUGAUUUUGCUUAUUGAGACAACUAGUGUCUGUGUAAUCAUGGAAAGUAUUUGUAUUGUCUGUAACUGCUAUUAAGCCAGAAUAAACUUU